CGCCCCUUAGUCUUUCGGCGGCCAUUUGCUUCCCCAAGGCAUCGCUGGGGUUCUUCCCCCUUAAAAGUUCCAUCGAAUCCUCCUCCCAAGAACGGAAGGCAAAAGUGAAGUCUUUUUCGAGGUAUCGCAGCUAGAUCAAGGUCAGAAAGAAGGAUAUGGGGAAGAACCACGGUGCUAAGGUCUUUCUUGGUUUAUCCUGCUCGUUUCUUAUCCUCCUCCUCUUGUACGCAUGGCAUCAUUGUUUUCGGAGGAGAUUUCUGUCGAGAAGAACGAAAGAAGGUUCUUUGGAGGACGGCGGCGGAGUUCGGUACGCGGUAGAGGAGGAAUUGGUGACGGAAGAGCUGAUCAAGUUCGCCGGUUGGGAGACUUUGACGGCUCACGACAUCUUGGACGCGCCGGGGGAGGUGGUCGCCAAGUCGAGCUAUGGGACUCUUUAUCGGGCGUGCAUUCGGCGGAGCAAGUCGGUGGCUCUGCUCCGCUUUGUCCGGCCGGAUUGUAUCGGGCGGAUUGAGGAGGUGCUGCCAGCGGUCCGGAUGCUGGGGUCAGUCCGGCACCCGAAUCUGGUGCCGACGGGGGCCAUGUACGUGGGGCCGAGAGGGGAGAAGCUCUUCGUGCAUCCGUUCUAUGCUUCUGGAACUCUUGCUCAGUUCUUAAGAGCCGGUGUUGCUGAAGCACACAGAUGGGAUAUUAUCUACAAAUUAGCUUGUGGUGUCGCAAGGGGGCUUGACCACCUGCACAAUGGGUACGAGAAGGCCAUAAUCCAUGGCAACCUCAAAUCGAACAACAUUUUACUUGAUGCUGAUUUCCAGCCUCGGCUCUCAGAUUUCGGCUUGCACAUCAUCUUGAAUCCCGCAGCUGCCCUAGAGAUGCUUGAAGCCCCGGCAUCCCAGGGUUACAGAGCACCUGAGCUGAUCAAGAUGAAAGAUGCCAGCAGAGAGACCGAUAUCUACGGUUUGGGGGUGGUAUUUCUUGAAAUGCUCACUCAAAAGGACCCCCUCACCAACAAUUUCUUGCAGUCCAAAGACCUUCAUCUCCCCACCUCCCUGAGAAUUUUAGUUCUUGAGCAUAAAGUCUCGGAUGUUUUUAGCUCCAAUCUCCUAGAGGAUAGUAUAAAUCAGAAUUCCACUAAUGAAGAAGGUUUACUGAUGCUGUUUCAACUUGCAAUGACUUGUUGCUCUCCUUCACCUGCUCUCCGACCAGAUAUCAGAGCAGUUAUCAGGCGGCUUGAAGACAUCGGUAGAUGAUGAUCUUUCAUCUGGUAGUGAUAACUGCAGUGCUGUAAGUUGUCUCGUCCAUGUGCCAAAAAUGAUUUAACUCUUGGAAAUAGCAAACAUUUUAUGAGAUCCACUUUUAUAGGUGACAGUUCCAUGUGUUUGUUUAGCAAAUUUGCAUCACUUGUGAGCUUUGGAUCAGAUAUCUCAGCAAGGGUCAGAAUGGUGGAUUCGCUGCAUGGACCAUAUGGUUGUCGAGAUGUGCAUUAGCUUUAUUACCAGGAAACAUCAUGCAUGGCUCAUGGUGAUUCCACUUGAUGACUUUCAUACUACCACUUGCACAUCUGACAUCUAAAGUUUUCCCUAACGAGACCCGGAGAAAAACAUCGAACUACAAAACACUUCUGAACCUUGUUUUGGUUGCCUUCUCUCUUCUUUGGACAAAACAAUCUGGAGAUGCAUCAUGAUUCACCAUUCACCGAUGGUUUAGAUAGAUUGCAAGGAUAUGAAAUCAACAAAAUCCAAUGAUAUCAAUUUUUGUCUCUGAUCAGAGGCUUCCGGUGUGGUACAUCUGGUCUUUAGUGUCUACUUUACAACUGAUGCAUUGAAGAAGAGAUCAUGUGAUCGGGAUUUGUUGCUUUUGGCCUUCUAAAAGUCUUAAUUUGCAUUUGGCUAGAUGUGCAGGGACUUGACCUUCACUGCCACUUAGUAAAGAGGAUUGGUUUCGGGUGGACGCAGCCAGUUGGAAAGUACAGCAUUACAAAAGCACAUUGCAAGAACUUCUUUCUGUUGAUGCAGGCUGUCUCUGGAUUUCAUCUUUUCAAUUCCAAGCCAUAGGAAUUGUGGAUACAACUCACCACACCUGAGAGAGCAUACUGCCAGAAAUUAUUCUUGACAGUAGACACAUGAUCCAUGGUGUGCCAGAUUUGCAGAUUUAUAUAAACUCACUAUAGUCUCACUCUUGAUGUAUAUAAACUCACUAUUAACAAUUGAGAUGUUCACAGUUGCAGAUUUGUCUCACCCUUUCCAAAAGAUGUCCUCAUUGAUGUUGCUUUUCUUUAGCUUCAUAUAGAGUGUAAGAAUGGUCCAGCAGUUGAGCUUCACUUGUAUUGUAUAAUCUAGUGGGGUAGUACAGACUGCCCACUUUGGAGUGGAAUAAAUGUAGUCUUUGGAUGUUGAA